AUGCCGUCCUUAAAUGAUCCCGUCAAGCUUCCAUCCGGGCUAGUGUUCCCGAACCGGCUUGUGAAGGCCGCAAUGGCCGAGCUGCUAGGCGGGUUUUGGAACACCCCUACACCAUCCCUCCUCAAAGUCUACGAACAAUGGGGCAAAGGCAGUUGGGGCGGCAUUCUCACAGGAAACGUCCAAGUUGACGUAAACCACCUCGGGACCCCUUUCGACCCCGCCCUAGCUGGCGAGUACACCGACCCCAACCGCAACAAAGAGCUUGUGGCAACAUGGAAAAAAUACGCCGCCGCCUCCCAGGAGCACGGGCCACCGUCAAUUGUCCAGCUCUGCCAUCCAGGUCGGCAGUCUCUUCGCAUGGCGGGGCGGAGAGGACCCUUUGCCUCUCCCAUUGCGCCGAGCGCUAUUCCCUUGGAUAUGGGGGAUGGUUUCCUGCAGCGGUGGAUGAGCUGGUUGGCGUUUCCGCCGCCGAGGGAAAUGACACAGGCAGAUAUCGACAUGGUCACGCGGCAGUUCGUUGAUUCGGCUCGUUUGAUGGCUGAUGCUGGGUUUUCGGGUGUGGAAUUGCAUGGAGCGCAUGGGUAUAUGAUUGAUCAGUUCCUCAACCCUAAGUCCAAUAUCCGAACAGAUGCCUACGGCGGCUCCGCAGCCAAUCGGGCAAAGUUCGUCCUCGAUAUCUUCCAUGCGAUCCGCGCCGUUGUGCCUCCAACAUUUUGCAUUGGCAUAAAGUUCAACUCGGCCGACUACAACUCUGCCAGCUUCGAAGACACAAUGAUCCAGAUUGGUCUCCUUGCCGAAGCAGGCAUCGACUUCAUCGAGAUCAGCGGUGGUACCUAUGAAGAUCCGAAGAUGAUCGGUCCGGCCGGCCAACCAGGACAACCACAACCCCAAGAACAAAAAAGUGCCCGCACCGCCGCCCGCGAAGCCUUCUUCCUCGAAUUCGCCUCGGCAGUGCGCACGCGAUAUCCGAACCUAAUCCUCAUGCUAACAGGCGGUUUCCGCACCCGCGCGGGCGCCGAGUACGCUCUCUCCCAGAACGCCUGCGAUUUGGUCGGAAUCGGCCGUCCGGCGGCAAUCGACCCGGGCUUCGCAAAGUUAUUACUUGACGAUAAUCUUUCUGAGGAGGAAGCGCAGCUAGUGCUAAAAAGGGUCGCUGUGCCGUUUUGGGCUAAGUUAGUUCCGCUAUCCGCCGUUGGGGCGGGGUGGGAGACUUCAUACUAUACGAGACAGAUACAGCGGAUUGCGAAGGGCUUGAGGCCAUAUUUACCCGUUUAA